CACUUCUUCGCAUUUGCCUAAAUAUCUCCAAUUUCAACCCCCGCCUUUCUUUUCCUUUCCUUGUUUAAUCUCACCCCAUAAAAGAAAAAGAAAAUCCAACAAAUCAAACACUCGUGAUCUCAUCAUUUUGUGCACGAAACACGAACCAAUAACUGAUCAAAGAAGAAACUCAAAAACUAGGGUUCCCAAAUACCCCUCUUAUUUCUCCUGAUUUUCAGUUUCCCUCUUCUUCUUUUUUUUCCCUGAAAAUAUCUUUUAAUUUUCCCGGAAAAUAUUUCACCUCCUUUUUAUCAGCUCCUAAUUAGAGGAUUUCGUAUUUGAGGGAAAAGAGAAGAUAGCAAGGAGGGAUUUCAAGAUAUUUUGCACAUAAUUAGUUGCCCUUUAUGGGUUUUGGUUCCUUAAUUUUUUUCAUUUUUCUUAAUAUUUUCCAUUUUCAAUUUAUGGGUUAUUCUUGAUUUACAGACCCACUUGCUGGAUUACACUGGGUAUGUUGUUGUUGGGUUAUUAUUGAUUUAGAGGAGUUUUAUUGGAUGUGUGUUAGUCUAUGGAUUCUAAAAAUACGACCCCAUCGACCAGUAUGGUCAAAUGUUGUGAUUGUGAGUGUAAUUGUAGUUCCUUUUCGGGGACUUGGAUACGUACUGUGAAGCGAAAAUUGGAUGAAUAUGAUGAGACUGAGAAGAAAUUCGUGAUCCCGGGUUUGAUUUUACCUCAGCAAACGGCUCGUAUAGACAUGGAAAACGAGUGUAUUGCAUUAAGGGAAAUGGUUUGUAGCCAACAGGAGACGAUUCAAGAAUUGAGUGCUGAGUUGGAGGAAGAGAGGAAUGCGGCUUCGUCGGCUGCGAAUGAAGCGAUGUCGAUGAUUUUGAGGUUGCAAAGGGAAAAAGCUGAGUCCCAAAUGGAAUUCAGGCAGUUUAAGAUGUUUACGGAGGAGAAAAUGGCUCAUGAUCAACAAGAGAUGAUGGCGUUGGAGGAUUUGUUGUAUAAGAGGGAGCAAGUGAUUCAGUCGUUGAGUUGCGAGGUGCAAAUGUAUAAGCAUAGAAUGUUGAGUUACGGGCUAUUGGAGUCUGAGGUUGAGGAUGAUGGUGAGAAAGAGAAGGGGGGUCGUUUUAGCCGGAACAAUAGUGUGGGUCAGAGUUUCGACGAUGGGCGUUUUGAAAUUCCUUUGUAUGAUUACCCUCCUUUGAAAUGCACUAUAAAUGAGAACCAAGUGUACAAUGAGGUUGUGGAUGUUGAGAAAUAUGCAUUUGGAGAGGAACAACGAUCAUGUGAUCAAUUGCAAGAUCUGGAGAAGAGGAUUAAUCAAUUGGAAACAUCACCAAGGAGUCAGACUGAUGGGGAAGUGCUUAACAACAAUGUCCUUGAAAAAGCAAUAGUUGUAACAAAUAAAGAAAUGAGCUCAGAUUUCAUCUCAAGUUCUCCGAAGUUUGGUGGAAGUGUUAGAAAAGCAGAAAAUUCGCAAACAGGGGAGUACCCGAACUUGAGGAAGAAGGACGAGUCAUCGGAAGUUGGUGAUGAAAUGAGUGAUAGGGUUUAUACAAUUGACUCUAUACAUCAGGGUAACUCAGAGACCAAGGCUUCCGUCCAUACCCCAAAAGAUUCGCUAAAUCAUGCAGAUUUUGGAGAUCCUGAGGUCACGAAGCUUUACCUUAGGCUGCAGGCACUUGAGGCUGAUCGGGAAUCAAUGAGGCAGGCUAUCAUUUCUAUGCGGACUGAUAAAGCACAGCUGAUAUUGCUUAAAGAAAUUGCUCAACAGCUUUGCAAAGAAGUGUCUCCAGCAAGGACAACACCUGUGAGGAAGACAUCUCUAUUCACGAGCUUUUCAUUCAUGUCAAUAUUCAAGUGGAUAAUAUCCUUUGUUUUGUGGAGAAGGAAAGCACGUCGACCCAAGUACUUGUUUGGUUUGACAGCCAACAGAGCAGGCUUGCUAAUGCUUUUAGACAAGGGACCUCGUGUUGGGCAAUGGAGAUGUCUUUCAAGUACGCAGGUGUGAAACCAAUCCUCAUUGGUCCACAUCUCUUGUGCUCUUCGGCAUGAAUACAGAAUGGAUUUUAGUCAGAUUAGUUGCUUUCGGAUUUUCAGUUCAUUUUUUCUCGCGACAUAUGCCUUGCUGCUGCAAAUUUGGGUGCUGGAUUACUUUGUGUGGUGUUCUUUUAACUUGAUUGUUGGAAUUGAAUACAUCUUGAUGAAACAGUCAGCAAAAUUGUAGUUGUUCCUUAGCCAUAUCGAACUUGGAUCUUAUGGCUUGUUGGAAUUUCACUUUAGGUUAGUUUACUUCUGUAUAUUAUAGAUUUGUGAAUAAUUUUUUUUGGGGGGUCUCAAUAAAAAUUGAGUGCUUUGUUUGGGCUUGAAAUGUAGUUGAUUGAUUGAAUGGAAUGAGUGCAAUUUUUGCAUUUGUCUUUAAGUGCUUUUUCUUUUAUGCCUUAACUUCCUCAAGAUAGUUUCUAGAAUUUAUUUAUGCGAGGUGUUCCCACAGGUAUGCUAUUUAAUAUUUGUCCUCGUUUUACAAAGUUUUGCUAAAAUAGACUCUUUUUGUUUUAUAGUAUACACACAAUAAUUGACUUUUUACCUGUCCAUUCUCCUGCCUUUUUUUCAACUCUUCUUUUUCUGCAACUCUUUGCAAUAACCUUAGAUUCUUACUUUCGUUGCACCUCUGUUUUACUGUUUGUUUAAGUAUACAGACUUAGAAUCUUAUUUUAUUACAGUUUGCUUUUGUUAAUAGAUGCAUAAUAUUAGUAACUAAGUAACGUCAUUACAGAUAGAGGUGCAUUUUAGCGCGAAUAAGUUGCGCAGUGGGUCCAUAACGUUACAUAGUAGUUUGAGAUAUUCCCAGAGGUACUGGAAUUUGAUCUAUUUAGUUCUAGCUACAUAGAACAAAAGGGGUGGGUGGGGUACAUAGAUUGGUAAUGUUAUCAAAAUGUUCACUUUAUUCCUUCUUUUGCAAGCAAGUCUGCAACUUGUUUAGUUUUCUGGAACGUGUGCCUAACUAACUUGCAGGUUCCUCAGUUGCUUCAUUAAGAAUCUGCCAUCAUUUGCAAUAGAGUUUUAAGUAGGUGAAGAUUGCAGUAAUAAGUCUAUGGCUUCAGUUGGGUCUGGUUCUAUUUCCAAUGAAAAUAAACAAUGCACGUUAGCUGUCUUAAUGCAGCCAUUGUCAGAGUGUUUAAAACAAGAUCUAAUUCUCCAUUUUAAUGGCGGAAAGUGAUACUCCAAGCAGGAAUACUCGAGGCGAAUCUGCUAAAAUUGCUGCUGAGAGAAGAAGUAAGAAGAUUCAUGACCCAUCAAGGAUGCGUCAACUUCAAUCAACUGAAGUUGCAAAACCGAGCAAGCGAAAAGAUGAUAUACCAGUCAAAAAAGGUUCUAAAGUUGCUCAACAAAAUAAGAGAAAAGUAACCAAGCUUUUUUCCGACGUUAAGGGUAAAAAGGUUGUUAAAGAUGUAGAUCUGGAAGAGGAUGAACAGGAAACUAAAUUCUAUGUUAAGAGUCAUCUUGAAGAGGCUCCAUCGAUGCAACGGUACACGAAUAUCGAGGUGUUCAAAAAUUUCAAGAGUAAGCUAACUGUUCCACAAUUAGAGAUCUUUCCAAGACAAUAUUUGGGAAAUUUCUCGGAAUGCAGCACCUGGAGGUUCAAGCACAUAUUUUUAGGUGCGUCAUGGUAAGAGAGCUCAAGGAGAGCACUUCUGAUUGCUUUACAAUUGAUAUAAAUGGUACCGUAUUGCGAUUUACCAUGAGAGAAUUUGUCCUUAUGAGCGGGCUAAAUUGUGUAGCCGAUGAAGGUCAAUUUACAUACGAUGAGGAAAAACCGAAUAGGAUUAUGGAUGAUUAUUUUGGUUGAACCACGAGCAAAGUAAAAAGAUUGGAGUUGAUUGAUUGCUUUAAGAAUAAGUGUUGGGGAGAUAAUGAUGAGGACGCUGUUAAGUUUGCAAUUCUAUUUUUUAUGAAUACAUACACCUUUUGCGGUGAGCCUAGAAAAACGAAUAUAUCAAGGGUUCAUUUUGAAGUGGUUGAGGAUGGAAGGUAUGUAGAUUAUCCAUGGGGCAAAGAAGCUUUUACCGAGUUGAUUAGAAGCAUCAGCAAGAAGUAUUCUGCCACAACACAGUAUUAUAGGAUCCAUGGGAUGCCACUGGCUAUGCAAGUUUGGCUUUAUGAGUGUUGUUCAAGAGUUUCAUCGUAUCUCGCUCUUAAAUCUGGAAAUUCCAUUCCAAGAAUGUUGAAUUGGAGGUCCAUUGACAGUCAGCCAAAAUACAAUAUUUUGAUGGAAGACAUUUUUAGAGAUGGCAAACAGUCGAGUUGUACAUUUGCAAAUACAAUCCCCACUAGCAGUGAGUUGGAGAAGCUCCAAUUGCCCGAUGUUGUUGUUUGUCGAGAUACAGUAGACAAAAAUGUCUUAGUUGAUGCCCAUGAAGGCACCCAAGUCACAGAUAUGCCAGUGGAUGAGUAUGAUGAUUUCAGUACUACUCCCCCCAUCUUUCUAAGGGUAAACAGCAACAACGGACGAAUCAGACAGAUUCUCCACCUUCAAAGAGACGCAAACAACUUCCUGCAACAGCUUCCACAUCAAAGAAACAACAAAUCCACACCGAACCACAAAUAACUUUGAAGAAGAGUCACAAGGAUCAGAAGGUUGCUCAAAAGCCUAUUUUACAGAAGUCUGCUUCACCAAAAGUUGAAUGAACAAAUGAAUCGACCCCAAAACACCCCCGUCCUACGUGAUGUCCCUACUGCCUAUAUGAAAGAUGAAAUGCAAUUGCUAAGGAAAGAUUUUCAAGGAAUCAUCGUUGGUGAGUUCACAAGUAUUGGCACUGAGUUGUCCAAUCUUCGAACUUUCAUGGAUGACAACUUCAAGAAGCUAUUUGAAGCAAUCAUGGGGAACAAUUCUGUGGAUAAGGUGGCCGAUAGUGAGGCGCCGGUACAUCAAACUGAUGCUGGGCUACAAUUAACGCCUGAAGAAAACUUACGUCAUGAUUCUACCAUUCAAACAUCUCCGCCGAAACAUGAUGAUGAGUCAAAUAAGGGUUGCACCAAUGUUACAUGAGGAAGUUCCGGAUAUUGUAGUGACCGGCGGAAAUUUAAGCGCAGAUACACGUAAAGCUUCAACUGAAGAGAUUAAUCGGGCGGAUGAAGGAUCUUUCAACUCAACAGAGGGAAUGGUCGCAGAGAUGCUCGUUGAGUUGCCUCUAGAAACUCGUGUACCAAAAGCAGGUGCGGGAAUACAAGCUGGGGACAUCACUGAUCAUUCAAUUUUAGAGACCUCACCCAGGUUCGAUGACAACAUUACUAAGUCACAAUGGUUGAUCCCUGAUGAAAUGUUACCAAGCCAAAUAGGUUCGUCAGGAUUCUCUGUGUUUCAUCAAACGGGUCACAAAGGAUUUGUUAUGCCAGUAAUGUCUGCUGACAAAAGAAUACAAGAGAAGCUUCUGUUCAAGACCCCACACUUUCCAUUUUUAAAAAGAAGCAUCCAUUUGUUGAAGAUUCAAUUAAUGGCCCGCAAAAUACUUCGCUUAUUCAACAAUACUGGAAUUGGCUCGAACAGGAUCUGCUUCUAAGGCAUGAUAAAAAAAAGGAUAAGGAAAGCCGUUACAAAAAGAAUAAGCAAGCUUCGGAUCCAGAUGACAUCAACUUUGGCUUCAAUUUUGGUGUGCUACAUGGUGAUGACAAAAACUGGUUCUAUCUCUUAUCGAUGAAUGGUCAGUCUUGGAAUGAUGAGCAUAUUGAUGUCAUUUUUUACUACUUGCGGAAGAAAGGCAAGUACGACAAGGAUAACAGAUUCAAAUUCACAACCGUUAACUGUAUGUUCUUCUCUAAAAUUGACGAAAUUCAUCGUGCUGUUGUUAGAAGAGAAAUACACAAGAUAGCUAUCCUAUUGCCACAUCAUCUACAUUUGUCUAGGUUUUACGAGAAAAAAAGGCAUCGAUUGGAUUAACCACCCAUCAUACAAGGGCAAACAACAGACUAAUAACUUUGAUGUCAUGUAUGUGAACGACUUGCCACAACAAGCCUCUGGCAACAUGGAUUGUGGUGUGUAUGUUGCCGCAUUUGCUGAAUACUGUUGUUCUGGACGAGGCGUUCCAUCUGAAAUUGAUGCAGAAUCACUACGUAAUAGAUACAGGGCAUUACUAUGGGAAUACGGAUGGCAAAAGGCUGAUUUGAAUGCCUUUAGUGACAAUGAACUGCCGCCAAGACCAGUUAGGCUUGCCAUAGAUUACAACGCGGUCGACACAGUAGUUGUUAAUUAGUCCACUAGGUUUUAAUGUUGAAUCGUUAUUCACAGUAUUGUUUUGCUGACCAAUUUUUGUACAUUUUGUUGUGUUGUUUUGUUAAGAAUUGACAAAUUGCAGUGUUUUUUCAUCAAUGACUUAAUUAAUUUCUUUCACGACUA